UUUGAUACUUUUAUAAGUGGCAAUGUCCCCCUGUUAAUGACAUGGGCUCCUAUGAGUAACUGCUAUGGGCUAAAAAGGUAAAUGGUUAAUCACUCACUCGGGAGUGUGGAAAAAAAAAAUGAUCCCCUGGGAAAGGCAACUCCGCCCCCGCGUUCGUUUCGACCCUCAUCACCGGCGCGGCGCCCGUUCGUUUCGUACUGCGCAAGCUGGUCGCACUGUCGCCGUGGGAAGGAGGAAGAGGAGCCAAACGGUUAAGCCGACUCGGCCGCUCGCUUCCCAAAUCCCCCCCGAAAAGGCGAGUAGCGCCGAGAUCGUGGGAGUAGGAGAUGGUGGUGCGGCAGCUAGGCGGCGCGGGUCGCGCGCUGCUCGCGCUCCCCAACAUCCGGAGGCGGGCGUCCAACUCCUGGGCCGCCGUCCGCGACACCUUCUUCUCCACCAAGCAAGUGUUCGAGAGCCACCGCGUCGUGUUCACCGUCGGCACCUCCGUCGCCUCCAUCCUCACGGCAUGGGCCGGUUAUUCACUUCGUCAUGUACAGCAAUCAAGGAUUGACAGGAGGCUUCAGUCAAUUGAAGAAUCUUUGAAGGAUAAUCACAAAGUCAAACAUGAAGAGAUAAAAAAGAUUGUCACUACCAGCAAUGUUAGCACUCCAGCCUGUAUAGCCACUGCAUUGACAACAACGGUUGUUGGGUAUGCGCUAGGGUGGCGAGGUGGAGCUUGGUACGCUCGAAGGGCCUUCCGAAGAGAGCAACAAAAGCUGAUGGGUCAAAUAAAGUCGCACAAUAGAUGGCAUUGGCGGCCCUUCAAUAAACUCAAAAACAGACUCAGAAACAGCAGAUUAGCGUCCAAGACCAAGAGUGCGGACGCGCAUCUAUUGUUGGGUCAUAGCACCGAUGCCCCCUCAAGUAGCGGGGCUUCUGCGAAUGUUAGCAGUAAUGCUCAGGCAGCAGGAUGUACAUCAUGACUAAUAGAAGUGAACAUGGUCUAUGCGCUUUAGAACAGACCAUAUGACUGGUGGAUCAUUUUGUAGCAUUAAGGUCAUAAUGCAUUAUGCGGAUGCAGCCGUGACAUGGAAAGUUUUAACCGAGUGAUUUUAGACGGGGAACCUGUCUAGUACU